CUCUCCUACUCUUCUUCUCCCAAAGCUUGUAAAUGCCCCAGAUAUGAGCCAGCCCAGGCCCCGCUACGUGGUAGACAGAGCCGCGUACUCUCUCACCCUCUUCGAUGAUGAGUUUGAGAAGAAGGACCGGACAUACCCAGUGGGAGAGAAACUUCGCAAUGCCUUCAGGUGUUCCUCAGCCAAGAUCAAAACCGUGGUAUGUGGGCUGCUGCCUGUGCUCUCCUGGCUCCCCAAGUACAAGAUCAAAGACUACAUCAUACCUGACCUGCUUGGUGGACUCAGCGGGGGAUCCAUCCAGGUCCCACAAGGCAUGGCAUUUGCUCUGCUGGCCAACCUCCCUGCAGUCAAUGGCCUCUACUCCUCCUUCUUCCCCCUCCUGACCUACUUCUUCCUGGGGGGUAUACACCAGAUGGUGCCAGGUACCUUUGCCGUUAUCAGCAUCCUGGUGGGUAACAUCUGUCUGCAGCUGGCCCCAGAGUCGAAAUUCCAGGUCUUCAACAAUGCCACCAACAAGAGCUAUGUAGACACGGCAGCCAUGGAGGCAGAGAGGCUACACGUGUCAGCAACGCUAGCCUGCCUGACUGCCAUCAUCCAGAUGGGCCUGGGCUUCGUGCAGUUUGGCUUUGUGGCCAUCUACCUCUCUGAAUCCUUCAUCCGGGGCUUCAUGACAGCUGCUGGCCUGCAGAUCCUGAUCUCGGUGCUCAAGUACAUCUUCGGGCUGACCAUCCCCUCCUACACAGGCCCUGGGUCCAUCGUCUUUACCUUCAUUGACAUUUGCAAAAACCUCCCCCACACCAACAUCGCCUCGCUCAUCUUCGCCCUAAUCAGCGGCGUCUUCCUGGUGCUGGUGAAGGAGCUCAAUGCUCGUUACAUGCACAAGAUCCGCUUCCCCAUCCCUACAGAGAUGAUUGUGGUGGUGGUGGCAACGGCUAUCUCAGGGGGCCUCAAAAUGCCCAGAAAGUAUCACAUGCAGAUCGUAGGAGAGAUCCAACACGGGUUCCCCACUCCGGUGUCGCCCGUGGUUUCACAGUGGAAGGACAUGGUUGGCACAGCCUUCUCCCUGGCCAUUGUGGGCUAUGUCAUCAACCUGGCUGUGGGCCGGACCCUGGCCAACAAGCAUGGCUAUGACGUGGAUUCGAACCAGGAGAUGAUCGCCCUGGGAUGCAGCAACUUCUUUGGAUCCUUCUUUAAAAUUCAUGUCAUUUGCUGUGCUCUCUCUGUCACUCUGGCUGUGGAUGGAGCUGGAGGCAAAUCCCAGGUGGCAAGCCUGUGUGUGUCUCUGGUGGUGAUGAUUACCAUGCUGGUCCUGGGAUCCUAUCUGUACCCUCUCCCCAAGUCUGUGCUGGGAGCCCUGAUAGCUGUCAACCUCAAGAAUUCCCUCAAGCAACUCACCGACCCCUACUACCUGUGGAGGAAAAGCAAGCUGGACUGUUGCGUGUGGGUGGUGAGCUUCCUCUCCUCCUUCUUCCUGAGCCUGCCAUAUGGUGUAGCAGUGGGUGUCGCCUUCUCCAUCCUAGUUGUGGUCUUCCAGACCCAGUUUCGAAAUGGCUACGCUCUGGCCCAGGUCAUGGACACUGAUAUUUAUGUGAAUCCCAAGACCUACAAUAGGGUCCAGGAAAUUCAAGGGAUAAAGAUUGUCACUUACUGCUCUCCUCUCUACUUUGCCAACUCAGAGAUCUUCAGACAAAAGGUCAUUGCCAAGACAGGUAUGGACCCCCAGAAAGUAUUACUAGCCAAGCAAAAAUACCUCAAGAAACAGGAGAAGAGGAGAGCGAUGCCCACGCAACAGAGGAAGUCUCUAUUCAUGAAAACCAAGACUGUCUCCCUACAGGAGCUCCAGCAGGACUUUGAGAACAGCUCCCCGACUGACCCCAACAACAACCAGACGCCCACUAAUGGUGCCAGUGUGUCCUACAUCACCUUAAGCCCCGACACUUCCUCAGCUGACCAGUGCGAGCCCCCAGCCUCUGCUGAGAUCCCUGGUGAGCCCAGUGACAUGCUGGCCAGUGUCCCGCCCUUCGUCACCUUCCACACCCUCAUUCUCGACAUGAGUGGAGUCAGCUUUGUGGACUUGAUGGGCAUCAAAGCCCUGGCCAAGCUGAGCUCCACCUAUGGGAAGAUCGGGGUGAAGGUCUUCUUGGUGAACAUCCAUGCCCAGGUGUACAAUGACAUUAGCCAUGGAGGUGUCUUUGAGGACGGGAGUCUGGAGUACAGCCACGUCUUUCCCAGCAUACAUGAUGCAGUCCUCUUUGCUCAGGCAAAUGCCAGAGAAGCGGCCCCAGGACACAACUUCCAAGAGGCUCAAAGGGACUCGGAGCUCUCCUCGUAUGACUCAGGGGAGGACAGCCCCAGCUACUGGGACUUAGAGCAGGCGAUGUUUGGGAGCAUGUUUCAUGCAGAGACGCUGACUGCCCUGUGAGGGCCCAGGGCUCCUCGCGCUGCCUCCGGAGUGCCUGGUGUUUGGGACUCACAUGAAGGAUGAGCCUGGGAUCACAGGGAGUGCUAUGGAGAGGAGAGCACUUCCAGCAAGACUCCAGCCCCUCUCCACUCUUCCUCCUCGCUUCUUCCCUUCCUUCAUUCCCUCCCUGCAUCUCUACAGAGAGUUUUACAGAAGCUGGGAAAGCCUGCUCUUCUUAUAGGAGUGAGAAUCUAGGGAACCUGCUCUUCACCCCUCCCCUGACCCUCAGGCCCUGGCAGGCAAUGAACAAGCCUCCACCCUACCCACCCAUGCUCAGCGCAUGGCAGCUGAUGAACACCUUGACUUCCAGACUUUAAGAGUGAGUUAAGAACAGAAGGACAAAUACAACUGUGCUGACCUUGUGU